AUGGCUCCUCCCAACACUGAAACUACCUCUGUUCAAGAUUCUCAACUCGCACAAGAACUCGAUCAAAAGCUCGAUUUGAAGCAAUUGGCACGUGAGAAGGGUCGUUAUUUGGUUUAUCCUGACACCAAGUAUGCCGAGAUUGAAGACUUUGAACAUCAUGAUCCAGGUCACCGUGCUGAUCCUAAGAAGGCCUCCUUGUAUGAUAAUGCCGAAAAGAUCUUUGAUGUUACACCUCACAUUGGAACUGAAAUCCAUGGCUUGCAACUCAACAAGUUGACUGAUCAGCAAAAGGAUGACCUAGCCCUUUUGGUUGCUGAGCGUGGUGUGGUAUUUUUCCGCAAGCAGGAUAUCAAUGUGCAUGAAGCCAUUGAGUUAGGCAAGCAUUAUGGUCCAUUGCACGUGCAUAACACAUUUGGUCAUCCCCCCGGUUUACCUGAGAUCCAUGUCGUCUACUUUGAUACCAAGACACCCAAGGAUUUAUUCAACUAUCGAAAUGCAGCAGAUGGUUGGCAUAGUGAUGUAUCCUACGAGAAGCAGCCUCCUGGAUUGACAGUGCUCAAGAUUGACUUGCUGCCUGAAGUGGGUGGUGAUACUUUAUGGUCUUCUGGAUAUGCUGCAUAUGAUCGUCUCUCGCCAGCAUGGAAAAAGUUUGUUGAAGGUUUGGAAGCUGUCCAUUCUGGUGAGGAUCAAGUUGUCGAGGCACACAAAGGUGGACAUGUUCAUCGUCGAGAAUCUUAUGAGGCUGUACACCCUGUUGUGCGCACACAUCCUGUCACUGGAUGGAAGGCUUUAUAUGUGCAGCCUGGUUUUACUCGUCGCAUUGUGGGCUUUACUCGUCGGGAAUCAAAUGCUGUCCUCAACUUUUUGUUCAAUCACAUUGAAUCUGGUCACGACUUUCAGGUGCGCUUCCGCUGGGAAGAAGACAGCGUUGCAGUAUGGGACAAUCGUGUGACCUCCCAUAAUGCCAUCUUUGAUUAUCUUGACAUCAGCGCAAGACAUGGUUUUAGAGUGACACCUCAAGCCGAGAAGCCUUACUUGGAUCCCAACAGCACAUCGAAGCAUGAAAGCGAAUUGAAAGCAAGGCAACAACAAUGA